GCUGCAUAUCUUUCAAAGUUACCCGAAAUCAUCUCUCCUUUUUCUCCCAGAUCAGAUGCGAGACCCCUCAUUGAUCGCCUUCUCUGCAAAAUGCGUCCUCUGUCCUCUUCUUCGCCGCCGGUUUUACCCAACGACGCUUCUGAAAGCGGUGACUCCGCCGAGCGCCGUCUUCAUGAGGCGGAGGAGCGCUUAAGAGAGGCAAUUGAAGAGCUUCAACGCCGGCAACGUCGUGCCAGAGGUAUCUAUCCGCCCUGUGACCAUGCCGAUGAAUCAUGUGUUGCUAACGCAAUUGGUAACGUUUGCCAAAGUUUUCUUCUCUCUUAUGGUGUGCGCGUUGGCAUCGGUAUCCUCCUCCGUGCUUUUAAGCUAGCUCGUCGCCAGUCCUAUUCCUCUCUACUCGAUCUCAAGCAACUUGUGUCCGAAAAAGACCUAAUUGUAAGAGAGGAAGCAUGUCGAAUUGGUUUGCUCUUUGGGGGAUUUAGUGGUUCAUAUCAUGCUCUAAGAUGUUUGCUAAGAAAGCUGAGAAGAAAAGAGACACCCCUAAAUGCAAUUUUAGCAGGUUCAGUGGCAGGUCUGUCUAUUUUAGCAUUAGAUGAUUCCAACAGGCGGCGGACUCUUGCCUUGUAUCUUCUGGCAAGGCUAUCUCAGUGUGCGUAUAAUUCUGCCAAAUCCAAGAACCGGUUUCAUCUCUGGGGAAGUCACUGGAGUCAUGGGGAUUCUUUACUCUUUGCAUUCGCAUGUGCCCAGGUUAUGUAUUCCUUCAUAAUGCGUCCUGAGAGCCUUCCAAAAGCAUAUAGAGAUUUCAUUCAGAAGACUGGGCCUGUUGCAGCACCAGUAUACAAAGCUGUUAAGGAUUGCUGUAGAGGCUCUCCAGUUGAUGUUGCUUCAUUACAUGCCUAUUUGUCCAAAGCAAAGGGCUCUACUACUAUAAAGUUGGAAGAGUUUCCUUCUAUUAUCCCAUGCUCUGUAAUUCACCCUGGGACCAAAUCUUGCUUAGUUCACGAUGCUAAUGCAGCGGCUGCUACUUUCCGGAAAACAUUUCCUCUUUACUUCUCUUUGACUUUUGUGCCCUUUGUCGUUCUACGCUUGCAGAAGUUUAUGGACGCUCCUACACGCACCUGUUGGUAUGCUCUUACAGGGGCUGUUCGCUCAACAACCUUCUUGUCCGCUUUUGUUGGAAUCUUUCAGGCUGUCAUAUGUUGCCACCGGAAGGUGGCAUCAAAAGACCAUAAGCUUGUAUAUUGGUUAGCUGGGGCUCUCUCAGGCCUCUCUGUGUUGCUUGAGAAGAAAGCUAGACGUGGGGAACUUGCCUUGUAUGUUCUUCCUCGAGCUGCAGAUUCUUUGUGGUAUAUAUUGGUGAAUCGCCAUUUGCUUCCGGAUAUCAAGAAUGCUGAGGUGCCCUUGUUUUGUGCCUGUAUGGGUGGUAUUAUGUACUACCUGGAGCAUGAACCAGACACCAUGGCUCCCUUCCUCAGAGGCCUGAUCCGCCGCUUCCUUGCUAGCAGAAUUAGCAAUCCUACUCCCCCAUCAAAUAAGGGUGCCUCCUAUACAUAUCUACACACUCACGAUGCCACGAAGGAGACAAAAAUGCCAGAAAUCCGUGAGACUGAAACUUUAACUGCAGAGAAAUACAACCUUGAAUUAAUAUCAGGACUUUGAGCAACUUUUUGACGCUCGGGCCAUGUUUUCCCUAUUCAUUAUACCAUUUCAUAUUGGUUAUCAGGCGGCUAUUCCAUGCUCAUUUUGAUUAAACUAGAACUCUAAUUAAAGCUUGAUUAACCCCCUUUUUAUUUACAUAAUUGAUUCAUGGCAUAAUGUUCUCAUUUUGUACCUAGGUGAAAGCCAGUAGUUCUGGUGAGAUAAAAAUCUAACCAAAUCUUGUAAAUUAACGUGGCUUAUUUAGUUUUUGCUUGGACUGUCAGAUAUAUGGUGUAGUCAGUUCUAAGCGUUAAAGUUGAUAGAACUUGUUUUUUUCUGGUACGAGUUGAUAUACGUUAGCAUUUUUUUCUGGUA